AAACUAUUCUAGUAGUCAAGAUGGCUGAUUAAACUUGUUUGUCAAGUGUUUACCUGAGAGUGUUCCUUAGGGUAUACCGUUAGAAAAAGAAAAAAUUUAAAUUUCAAUAAUUUCAUUAUUAUUUUUAUAUUCAAAUUUGUAGAUCUAGAUUAUAGUAACAGUUCUAGCUUGAGUUGUUGAGUUGACAAUCGCUCGGCUCGGCAUUCCAACACCCAAGCCCAAGCCUUGACUCAACUUCGCGGCCUUGAGACACUUGAGUCGCCUUGACUGUCAGUCUAAGUCUAAUAUAAUGUGUAUAGACAUUUGAAAAUAAACCAAGAAGCUAGCUCUAAGUGAUAGCAAACAUGGAAUACAAUUUUACUUUUGAACUAAAAAAUGUAAUUAAAAAAGAAAUGGAGGAAGACAUUUUGUCAGCCCCAACAUCUGAAGAAGAAUCUCCUAAGCUGUCUUGCAUGUCACACUGUGAGCCAAACUGUUCUCUUGAUCAUAGAAAUGGGAUGAAAGAAGAAAGGAAUGACACAAUGUUUACACCAGAAGUUCCAGGAGAAGAAACUGACAAGUUGAAUUCAUUGUCAGACUUGAAACAGGACAUCAGUUAUGAAAUGAGAGAAACAUCAAAUCUUAAACAUUUCCAGAUGCAGUUUGAAAAACUUGAGCAAGAAAAAACUUUUUUCAAAGAAGAUCAAAGACAACAUAAAGACAAUAAAUGUCCAACAUGCCUGAAAGUAUUUCCAACAUCUUCAAAAUUAAAGAGACAUCGGCGAGUCCAUACAGGUGAAAAACCAUUUCAAUGUCAAAUAUGUUUGAAAGCUUUUUCUGAUUUAUCAAAUGCAAGAAAACAUCAAAAGGUCCAUACAGAUGAAAAGCCAUUUGAAUGUCAAGUAUGUCUGGAAUUAUUUUCAACAUCUUCAAAAUUAAAGACACAUAGUCGAGUUCAUACAGGUGAAAAACCAUUUCAAUGUCAAAUAUGUCUGAAAUUAUUUACAACAUCUUCACAAUUAAAGAGACAUCGUCGAGUUCAUACUGGUGAAAAACCAUUUCAAUGUCAAAUAUGUUUGAAAGCUUUUUCUGAGUCAUCAAGUUUAAGAAAACAUCAAAAGGUCCAUACAGGUGAAAAACCAUUUCAAUGUCAAAUAUGUCUGAAAUUAUUUUCAACAUCUCCAGAAUUAAAGACACAUCGUCAAGUUCAUACAGGUGAAAAACCAUUUCAAUGUCCAACAUGCCUGAAAGUAUUUCCAACAUCUUCAAAAUUAAAGAGACAUCGGCGAGUCCAUACAGGUGAAAAACCAUUUCAAUGUCAAAUAUGUUUGAAAGGUUUUUCUGACUCAUCAAGUUUAAGAAAACAUCAAAAGGUCCAUACAGGUGAAAAACCAUUUCAAUGUCAAAUAUGUCUGAAAUUAUUUUCAACAUCUCCAGAAUUAAAAACACAUCAUCGAGUUCAUACAGGUGAAAAACCAUUUCAAUGUCAAAUAUGUCUGAAAUUAUUUCCAACAUCUUCACAAUUAAAGAGACAUCGUCGAGUUCAUACAGGUGAAAAACCAUUUCAAUGUCAAAUAUGUUUGAAAGCUUUUUCUGAGUCAUCAAGUUUAAAACAACAUCAAAAUGUCCAUACAGGUGAAAAACCAUUUCAAUGUCAAAUAUGUCUGAAAUUAUUUUCAACAUCUUCAGAAUUAAAGACACAUCAUCGAGUUCAUACAGGUGAAAAACCAUUUCAAUGUCAAAUAUGUCUGAAAUUAUUUUCAACAUCUUCACAAUUAAAGACACAUUGUCGAGUUCAUACAGGUGAAAAACCAUUUCAAUGUCAAAUAUGUUUGAAAGCCUUUUCUGAGUCAUCAAGUUUAAAACAACAUCGAAAGGUCCAUACAGGUGAAAAAACAUUUCAAUGUCAAAUAUGUCUGAAAUUUUAUGCAUCAUCUUCAGAUUUAAAGACACAUCAUCGAGUUCAUACAGGUGAAAAACCAUUUCAAUGUCAAAUAUGUUUUAAAGCUUUUUCUCAGUAUUCAAAUUUAAAACAACAUCAAAUGGUCCAUACAAGCAAAAAGCCAUUUCAAUGUCAAAUAUGUUUGAAAGCUUUUUCUGUGUAUUCAAAUUUAAAAAGACAUCAAAUGGUCCAUACAAGCAAAAAGCCAUUUCAAUGUCAAAUAUGUUUUAAAGCUUUUUCUCAGUAUUCAAAUUUAAAACAACAUCAAAUGGUCCAUACAAGCAAAAAACCAUUUCAAUGUCAAAUAUGUUUGAAAGCUUUUUCUUUGUAUUCAAAUUUAAAAAGACAUCAGGUGCUCCAUUCAGGUAAAGAACAAUAUAAAUGUCAAAUAUGUCAGGAAUUAUUUUCUCAGUCUUCAAGUUUUAAACAACACCUUCAGAUUCAUAACGUUGAAAAACUAUUUCAAUGUCGAAUAUGUCAGAGACCAUUUUCUCACGGAUCAGGUGUAAAACGACAUCAGUGUGCUCAUAGCCAAAACUCAAAAGAGAAACUUAAAUGUCUGACGUGCAAUGCCAUUUUGUCCAGCAAGUUAACAUUAGCAAUACACCUAGAGAGUCACCUUAAUGGAAAACAAUUCAAAUGUAUUCUUUGCAAUAACAAGUUCUUAUCCCUGCGAGAUAUAAAAAAUCAUUUAAUGAUACACAUUAACUGUUUCAGUGCGGUGUUACUCUCAGUGAGUAACUUUGCUUGCGCUAGUCAGUGUGGCCUUACUCUCAGCUAGUGACUUGGUUUAAAAUAUUUAUUUCACCAUCUUUUUUAUGUUAAACUUUUUUAUUUCUCUCUUUUUUUUUCAAUUUCCGGAUGUGGGAGUGAUUGUUUUUAGUUUUGGUAGUAAAUACGAUGCAGUGCCAAGUAUUUUUUUAAAAAAGACAACAUUAUGUUAAUGGUUUCUCUUUUUUAGUUUAUUCCUGAGGUCCGAAAAAUGUAAAUAAUACAAUUUCAAAGUGUUUUUUUUUUCAUCUUUUAUGAAAUCUGAAGCAAUUAAAUGGGUUUAGUAUUGUGAUUUUUUCAAUACUUAUGGAUUAAAUGUUUAAUUAAAAGGUUAAAUCUUUCAGUAAACCGAUUUUUUAAUGAAUUUUAAAAAUAUUUUCAUUUUCCCUGCUCAGUUUAAAAUAAAUGAAAAAAAAACACUUUUGUUGAAUAAUUAAUUUUAUUUAUUUUAAAUUUGUAGCCCAUUCAAUUUCCUUUAAAAUAAAAUCAAAUAUGUUCAAAGAUUAUUUAAUAAAAUAAAAAAGUCAUAUAGUUUUAGCAAGUCUACCCCAGUUUCGCAAAACGAAAUUCUUUUCGAUCAAAACAUUUCGCACUGAAAGAGUUAACAGACUGCCUUUGAAAUGUGUACUUUGUAAUAGAAGUUUUUGUAAUGCACAGCUAGUAGAAAAACAUGUUUGUAGGCUGAAAUGUGAAUGUUUUGUCUAGCUUUAGUUUUGAAAAUCUAAUAUUUAAAAUAAUUGUUAACGAUCAUACGUUUCAUUGAGCUAUUAUCGAAGUAAGGUUUUGCUUUCUAUAAUAAUGCUAAUUAUUACAUGUGUAAAUGUUAGCGUUUGAAUGUGAUGACUUCAUGUUGAUUUUAAUAAUUGGUGCUUAAAAAAAAGAUUUCGUAUUUCCAAUGUUAACGCCAUGUCAAGAGAACAAAUAAAUUUGAAUUUGUUCGGCUUAAGUUAGUUACAUUCCUUUUUUUUUUUUAUUUGAGAAAUACAUUCUUAUUGAAAUACUUCCACUCACUACUACCCAAAUGUCUAGCGAAACAUGCUUUAUCAGAUCUAAUUCAUUCUUUAUCAGAUCUAAUUCACGUGUUGGCAAGUAAAGGGUUAAAGCACAAUUUGUUUUUUAAAAUUAACAUUUACAUGUCAAUAUAUUAGAAUAUGUAGAUAAAAUAAACUAUAAUCAGAAGGCGCAUAACCUAGUUUGAGGGGGGGGGGGCAAAUGAGUGUUUCUUACAUUAAAAAUUAAAUAUU